AUGCCUAAACGAAAUAUCAUUUCUCAGAGCGUAUUGAUCUCUGGUUAUUCUCAAAUGGGUAUGGCGGAGGAAGCUCUGUGUUGCUUUAAGAUGACGGUGGCUGAUGGGUUUGAGCCGAAUGAUCAUGUUUACGUGGGUGCUUUGUCUGCCUGUUCUAGUAUGCUUGAUGCUAGAGCUGGUAAGGAAAUUCAUGCGAAGAUUUAUAGGAGUUGUGUGGAGUUUAGUCCGCGAGUUAGUAACUGUUUGAUCAAUAUGUAUGGGAAAUGUGGUCUUUUAGGUUCUGCUAGAUUUGUGUUUGAUGCCAUUCUGGAACCUGAUUCUGUUUCUUGGACUGCACUUCUUUCCUGUUGUUGUCAAUCUGGAAAAAACUUGGAGGGUUUGAAGAUUUUUUUGAAGUCAUAUGUGGAGGGAGUAGUGCUUAACGAGUUUUCUUGUGCGACUGUAUUAGGGGCUUCUGCUGCUUUGGAGGACUUGAGGCUAGGGAUGCAGUUCCAUUCACUUGUGGUGAAGUGUGGGUUUGAGCCUGACAAGUUUGUUGUUACUGGAUUAGUAGACUUUUAUGCAAAAUGUGGAGAUUUGGAUUCAGCUUUUCGAGUAUUUUCAGAGGCUGAUCAAUCAUAUUUGUCGGUGUGGACUGCUUUAAUAGGAGGCUAUGCUCAACAAGGGAAAGGCAAGAAGCUAUUAAUGUCUUUUGCCUGUUGCACGUGUCAGGCCUCAACCUAA